AUGAACCGAGAAGAUCUAUUACGACUUAUCGAUAACAACCGUGAAACUAGUUCUCAAAGUCCGAAACGACCUUUUAAAGAAGAUGAAAGCUUACAGAACAUAAGCGAUGGAUUUUACGACAAAAAUGCUGUGUUGGCCGAUGAACUUACUGAACAUCUUAUGGAAGACCUUAAUGUGUCAGCGAUGAAGACAAAUGAGUAUCAGUUAACUUUGCAAGAUAAGUCCCCAUGUUCUGUGUACUCUAGGUCGAUCACACCAGUUCACUCUCAAUCUGAAAUAAAAAUUAAUUCAGAAAAUGUUUAUAUUGAUAAUAGAGAUUCUCCGAGCAAAUUAUCGGAUAAACCAACGCCCUCAGAAUACAACUCAUUUUAUAUCAAAAUAUCUGUUUAA